AUGAAAAGUAAGUUCGUUGAUACGAAGCCCAACAUCAUAUUCAUUCUGACUGAUGACCAGGACACUGAAUUAGGCUCCAUGAACUUCAUGCCGAAGUUGAAGAAGUAUCUGCAAGAAGCAGGCACCACCUUCACGAACGCCUACUCGACGACGCCAAUGUGCUGCCCGUCCAGGAGCUCCUUGCUUACUGGUUUGUACGUGCACAACCACAACGUGUACACGAAUCGUGAAAACUGUUCCUCAGAAAGUUGGAGAGCCACACACGAGAGGUUCAACUUUGGUACCUACCUCAAUGAAGCCGGGUACAUCACUGGAUACUUCGGUAAGUACCUAAACGGGUACAGGGGGCAGCAUAUACCGCCGGGCUGGGACGAGUGGAUGGCCCUGAUCAGAAACACCCGGUACUACAACUACUCGCUCAACCACAACGGGCACAUCGUCAGACAUAGGGACAGUUACAAGGAGGACUACUUGACUGACGUCAUCACGAAGAAUGCCAUCGAUUUCUUCAAGAAAACCAAACAACAACACCCGAACAAACCGGUUGCUAUGGUGAUGAGCAUGCCCGCCCCCCACGGGCCUGAAGACAGCGCUCCCCAGUACCACAGCUACUUCAAAAACGUCACCACACACAGGACACCGUCAUGGAACGUUGCUCCGAACCCAGACAAGCAGUGGCUGUUGCAGUACCUGGACAAGAUGACUCCAUUGCAGCAAACUUUCACAGACCUGACGCACAUCAAACGGUUGCAGACGCUCAUGUCAGUCGAUGAAGCCGUUGACAAGAUCAUGGAAAUGUUAGUGAGGUUGGACCAGCUAGACAGAACCUUCAUCAUCUUCACCUCUGACCACGGGUACCACUUGGGGCAGUUUGGAAUGACCAAAGGAAAAGCCAUGCCGUACGAGUUUGACGUUAAAGUCCCAUUUGUAAUCAGGGGACCAAAGGUGCCAAAAAACACCACGCUGCCUCACAUAGUUCUAAACAUCGACAUCGCCCCUACUUUGCUGGACAUCGCGGGGUUGGACCCCCCCUCAAACAUGGACGGGAUCUCCUUCUAUCCAGUCAUCAAGAGGGAAGGAAGCAGCGGAAGCAGGAUGGGCGAUGAUGGUCCGUUCUGCGCUUGCUGUAACUCGAACAACAACACGUACUGGUGCAUGAGGACCAUCAACAAGACGCACAACAUCCUCUAUUGCGAGUUCAUCACGGGCUUCAGGAGCUACUACGACCUCAACCUCGAUCCUUUUCAGCAAAAUACGUUGUGCCAACUUGCGAGAGAUUGA